ACAGGCCAUUAAUUAUUGCCACAUAAUGAUUGAUAAAGACUUCUAAAACCUGUUAUGUUAUAAUAAAAGCCAUUUACUCAACAAUAUUAGACGAAUUAAAUAUGAACUGUAUUUUAAAAUUCAUACUUCUCUUUUUUGGAGUGAUAUCAACGCAAGGAAUAUCACAGCACCAAUCGACCGAAGACUUUAAACUGACUCAUAUACUGCACAAGGUAGACGAUGCCGUCAAAGACCUGUAUCUGAGAGCCUUUUCGUACACAGACUGCAAGACUGACGUAUUCGGGUAUUUGCUUUGGGCGUCGAACAAGAAAGGAAGUUGCAGACACGCCUCCGAGAAUGAUGCGGACAUUUUUCAGCAGAGCGUGUGCAAGACAAUUCUACCGAUCAUAACAAACAAAACGUUGGUCGUAAGGAAUCAGCUCCCUGUGAAUUGUGUGCGUAAAUAAUGAAUACAUAAUUGUAAAUACUGAAUAAAUUUUGUGCCACAGAAUA